AUGAUGUUAAUGUAUGAUUAUAAUGAUCUAGCAGAAGAAAAUUCAAGAAAAUUUGUUAAAACAUGUGUUGAAAAAAAACGACGUGAUCGUAUUAAUAAAAGUCUUGAUGAAUUAAAAGAUCUUAUAGCAAUAACUAAUGAUAAAGUACGUUAUCAAAAAUUAGAAAAAGCUGAAAUACUUGAAAUGACUGUAACAUAUGUUCGAAAUUUAAAACAACGAAUGAAUAAUUCAAUAGAAAAUUAUGAAAAUGGUUAUAAACAAUGUUCAGAAGAAAUAUGGAAAUUAAUACAUUCAUUACCAAAUAUUUAUCCUGAACAACGUCAAUGUUUAGCUAAUUGUUGUCGACAAAUGUGGAUAAAUCGUCGAUUAAUAUAUUAUCAUCCUUAUCAACAACAAAUAAUUGAACCAAACUGUCUUCAAAUUAUUAUUAAUGAUUCAUGUUCAUCAUCAUCAACAUCAAGUAUAUCAUCAAAUUCUACAAGUCCAUCAUCAUCAAAACUUUGGAAACCAUAUAUAUAA